UUGCGCAACUGUGUCUGUCACCACCCAAUUGGCAAAUACUCUAUUACACACAACAACAUAAUUAAUUCCAACACGUAAUCUUAAAAAAAAAAAAAAAAGAAAAAAAAAAAAAUGCUCCUCAAAACCACCGCCGCCGCCACCAAUGCCACACCACCCCUCUCCUCCCUCAGCAAGCACCCAUUUACCAUCCCGAAACUACCCCUACUGAAGCCCUUUAAUUCCCCCCGCACCCAAACCCUCACACUCGAACAACCCACCCUCAGGAUGAGCUGGCUCAACAAGCUGGGAUUCGGUGUCCGCUCGACCACAGACUCUCCGGUGGAGUCCUCUUCCUCGGCUAUUCCCCAAGGACCCGACGACGAUAUACCCGCCCCGGGUCAACAGUUCGCCCAAUUCGGGGCGGGUUGUUUCUGGGGGGUUGAAUUGGUGUUCCAGAGGGUGCCAGGUGUCACAAAGACUGAAGUUGGGUAUACCCAGGGGCUGUCGCAUAACCCCACGUACGAGGGCGUGUGUUCGGGUAAGUCGGGUCAUUCGGAAGUGGUCCGGGUUCAGUUUGACCCGAAAGAGUGCAGCUACGAAAACCUUCUUGAUAUGUUCUGGUCGAAACACGACCCCACUACUCUCAAUCGCCAGGGGAACGACGUAGGAACUCAAUACAGGUCCGGGAUAUACUUCUACACCCCCGAACAAGAGAAAGCAGCACUUGAAGCCAAAGAGAGGCAACAAAAGGUUUUGAACAGGACAAUUGUUACCGAAAUACUGCCUGCAAAAAAAUUCUACAGAGCCGAAGAAUAUCACCAGCAGUAUCUUGCGAAGGGGGGUCGAUUCGGUUUCAGACAGUCGUCUGAGAAAGGUUGUAAUGAUCCAAUCCGCUGCUAUGGCUAAGUCUGAGGUCCGUCCUAAUAAUCGGUGUUCUAUGUUAUAUCGGUUCAUCCGUCGUCGUUAUUGUAGAUUCUUGUUGUUACUAGUCCGAGUUUGUGUAUUUUUCUUGCUAAAAUCUUCGGUUUAAUGUAUAAUGUCGCAUUGUGGAUUGUUGUGAAUGUGUGAGUUAUCACAAUUGAACACGUAAUUUGGUUCGAUAAUAUAAUAUAAAAUCAAGAAAAAAUGUUUGAGUUGCGAUUCGAGUUUGACUCGAUGGCUAGG